AUGGCAUUAAAAAGAUGUUCUCAUAAUGAAAACUUGUCCAUUAUUGAAGGUGAUGUGCACUGUCUGUCCGAAUUGAGGAUCGUCCUUCUCGGAGGCCGAAAUUCUGGUAAGAGCCUUGUGGGAAACACAAUCUUAAAUCAAGAAGAGUUCAUCCUCCAGGAGCGAACCACAUGUCUGAAAAGAGAAGUUGAGGUUCAAGGAAGAAAUGUCAUUAUGGUGGACACCCCAGGCUGGUGGUGUGACUUCACAGCAAAAGACACUCCUGAGCUUGUCAGAACAGAAAUCAGACGCAGCAUCUACCUGAGUCUCCCGGGUCCUCACAUCUUCCUCCUGGUGGUUAAAACAGACUCAUUGUUCAUAGAAAAGCGCAGGAAAGCCAUAGAGGAGCAUUUAGAGCUCCUCGGAGAGAAGGUGUGGAGUCACACUCUGGUUGUGUUUACGAAGGGCAAAAACUCUGGAGAUAAAUCAUUUGAGGAUCAUGUUAAGGCAUCUGGUAAACCUCUUCAGUGGCUCCUGGAGAAAUGCAGUGGAAGGUUUCAGUUUUUUGAUAUCCAAAGAACAUGCAAUGAUACCAAGGUAAUGGAACUAAUGGGGAAAAUCACUCAAAUAGUGGAAAGAAAUGAAAGAUGUUAUUUUGAAAUGGACAAAAGGACUUUACAAGAGAUGGAGCAAAGAAAAAGAGAAGUGGAGCUCAAGGCUCACCAGAGAUUGAUCAGGAUACAAAAUCAAAAAGCCAACGUAAAAGCACGCUCAUAUCAUCCCAAAAACAUUCGACUUGUCUUGCUCGGAGCAAAGGGGUCAGGGAAGAGCUCGACAGGAAACAGCAUUCUAGCAGUAGGAAGUGACCAAAGGUUUACACACAAAAAGCGAACCACGCAAUGCAUGAUGAAAACAUGCACAAUGGCAGAAAAACAGCUGACACUGGUGGACACACCUGGUUGGUGGAUGAACUACUUGACCCAGGACUCUACAGCUUUUGACAAACAAGAAAUAGUCAACAGCGUGUACCUGUGUCCACCUGGUCCCCAUGCUUUUAUUUUGGUGGUGCGGGUUGACAGGUCCUUCACAGAGAUCUACAGAAGGGCCACUGAAGAGCACUUGGAGCUUAUAUGUAAGGAUAUCUGGAGACAUGUUAUGUUGCUCUUUACCUAUGGUGACUGGCUCGGUGACACAACCAUUGAGCAGCACAUAGAGAGUGAAGGAAAGGCGCUCCAGUGGCUUGUGGAGAGAUGUGGAAAUCGCUAUCAUGUUAUGAACAACAAGAGUCCUGGUAAUAGGUUUCAGGUGGCAGAGCUGCUGGAGAAGAUAGAGGACAUGAUGGCGGGGACUGGUGUGAGCCAUUUUAAAAUAGAUAAGAGUAUUUUUGAAGAGCUUGAGAGGAGAAAGCAAGAAGAGGCAAAGAGGGUACAACUGCGGCGUGAGAAUGUGCAGGGGAAAAGACAAAGCUUGAACGCUUUCAAGGGACAUAUACCACUACCCAAAGUCAUUAGAGUCAUUCUCCUGGGUGGGAAACAUUCUGGCAAGACCUCUGCUUCCAGAUGCAUUUUGGGUAAUGAGGUAAAAGAGACUGACAGACAAAAUCUCAUUAGGGGUUCUGCUAUAAUCUAUGAGAAAAAAGUCGAAGUUGUGGACACACCAGGCUGGACGACCGAGUGUUCAGAUUCAGAGUUUAACAAGGAACUUCUCAAUAACAUUGUGACCUGUGUCCUACUGCUGGUGGUCAACGCCAGCUCCUCAUUUACAUUCAGGAACUUGAGAGCAGCUGAAAGUCAUUUGCAAGCUCUGGGUGACAAAGCAUGGAGCAGCACCAUUGUGUUGUUUACAUAUGGAGACUGGCUUGGAGAUGUAAGCACGGAGCAGUACAUUGAAAGUGAGGGAGAUGCGCUCCAAACGCUGGUGGAGAAAUGUGGAAACAGAUAUCAUGUUUUUAACAACAAAAUUAAAGAUGGCUGCACUCAGGUCGCACAGCUGAUGCAGAAAAUAGAUGAGAUGAUGUUAGAGCAGAUCCUUAACAGUGCUGUGAACAAAAAGAGAAUUGAACGGCCUUUGGUGGAUGGUGAAUUAGCAUUUGAUAGGAAGAUACAGAUGGGAGAAACACCAAUAACUCCUAGCUGCUCUUCUACAAAGAAUAACCCAGAUCUUGGUAGGUUUUCAGAUGUACAUUAUUUAGAGUAUAAUUUCCUAACAGCAAGAUUUAUUACGUUUCUAGAUACAAUAUCUUUGCUGCCUGAAACUUUUGGUGAAAAUCAAGCAUUGGAUUGUAAAAGUAUCCAAUUACAUAAUGGGAAUUUAUCACACAGAACCACUGGUCAAAGACUGAUAGUGAUGCGCAACACCUCUGAAUGGCUUCAUCAAAAUUAUCCAUUUAUUGGUGUGAAUAGAAGCGAAGAACCUGAACAACCCUCUCUAGCUGUGCUCAAUGUUACACCAGAUGACCAGCCAAGAAAUAAAUUACGAACACUAAGGACCAGAUCACGGGAGUGGCCCCGUCUUCAGUGGAGGUGUACGCAUUACACAGCUCGAACUGCAAAAGAAAGAGCGUUUGUGGAUUUUGUCCAAUCAGGAAGCCUCCAGGACUUAAUUGACCAAUGGGGUGAUAGUAACAUUAAAGAGCUAGAGGAAUUCAUAGACUCUUAUUUUGAAAUGGUGUGGCAGGAAACUGUAAAAGAUGUUAAGGAAGAGGAAUGCAGUAACACAAGCCCAAUCAAUUUUGAAAUUUCAGGCAUCACAGAGACCGGUUUAAAAUAUCUGGCCUCGAUUGACAGGAAACUGUCGAAACUCGACAUCCUGGAAGACGUUCAAAAAGACUUGAAGGAGCUGAAGCAAAACCUUAAACACUUUAAUCAGAUAUUACAGGAGCUGAGAGACAGGAGUAAAGAAGCCGGUAUCUACAGUCAAACGUCUGAGGCUAAAGAGUCAGAUGCACAAUGACCAGAGCUUUUCAAUGCUGAAACUGUCAAAAAUGGAUAAAUAAUAAUCAAUAUAUUAUUACUUCUGUCAUGACUAUUAUUAUGCUCUGUACAUGUCUAGAAUAUAAAGAAAGGAAGGCAAGG